AUGAAUGGAGUCGGCAUCUCUCUAUCAAAGCGUAAGGCCUGCGUGCAAUGCGCAAAGGCUAAAGCGAAGUGUUCCUUCACCAAUGGACUGCACGCUUGCGAUCGAUGUCGAAGGCUGAGGCGGGAUUGCCUCCACGAAGAAGCGCCCCGACGCCAGAAGGAGAAGCAGUCCACGAGAAUCAAAGCCCUCGAAGAAAAAGUCAGCAGCCUUCUCACACUGCUCACCCAAGACAAGCAGGCUCUGGGAAACACGAAUGCUCCAGUCACAAUAGCCACACCACCCCAUACCGAGGAAGGGACCAGUGAUAAUGUGUCGUCUGCCUCGAUCGGAAAUGUGCAGAACAUCGAGGCCCCCGCCACAUCGACUGCGGAAGAGACUGGGCAAUUCGAUGUAAUUGACAGUGGUGUCUUGACAAUGGCCACAGCCGAUAUCCUCCUCCAGACUUACAAGCAAGUUCACUCCAAGUUCUUCCCUUUUGUCCUCGUCGCUCCGGAAAUCGAUGCUGCUACUUUACGGAGAGACAAGCCAGUGCUCUUCCUGGCCAUAGUGACGGUGUGUCUCGAAGCAGACCACGUUGAUCAAAGACGACUUGGGGUUGAACUGAAGAAAACCCUCUCUUCACGAUUGCUGAUCAGGAACGAGAGGAGUAUCGAACUCCUGCAAGCACUGCUCGUGCACCUCAGCUGGAUCCAAUACCACUUCCAUCCCCAGAACAAGCAGACCUAUAUGCUUCUCCAGAUGGCGAUCGGCCUUGUCAUGGACCUUGACCUUGACCGGUGUCCUGCGCACCGUGAUCAGAGAGUGGGGAGUAAUUUCUGUAGAAUGCAUGCGGAGGACAACUUGCCAACACAAUGCCAGAGGACGACAGCUGAAACCCGAGCCCUGCUGGGCUGCUUCUAUCUUUGUUCUUCGCUGGCAAUGACGCGGAAAGAACUGCUCAUGAGUCAUACUCGCUGGAUCGAUCACUGCUGCGACGUUCUUCAAGUCGAGCAAGAGGCAGCCACCGACAUAGAUGCAACGGCGUUUGUCAGAACCAAAUGCCUAGCACAACGGAUUAGCGAGAGAUUCUCGUAUGGCGACCAUGCUUCCAUUCGAUCUCAGAGCGAUGUUGUGAUCGAGAUGUCACUGAACGGCUUCAAGAAGGAAAUUGCAGAUCUGGAAGCGAACCCUGCAUUCUCAUCUGCACGGGAAAACUAUAUAUUGAUGGCAGAACUGAAAGUAUUGUCCAUCACAAUGUACGAGGUGGCACUCUAUCGCGACCUGAGCAGCACGACAUCGCCCUCGAUGAACAAGGUCUCCCAACUCUGGAACCUCUUGGCCUCGACCCGAGCCUUUGUGGACUACUUCCUCGGCGUGCCUGAAGACGCGCUGAGACACCUGCCUGCGGCCUUCUUCUCCUUUGCGGCGUACGCGCUGAUCGUGCUGUCGACGGUGUCACGCCUUCCUUCGACCAGUGGGUGGGACAGCGCGAUCGCCAAGCGCGAGGCCGACGUCCUGAACCUGGCGCGGCGCGUCAAGGUCAAAUUCGGCGACGAGCUCACCCGCACGGGUAACAGUGUGGGCACGGACCACCGGGAUGUGUGGGCUUUUUUCGCACGCGGCAUGGGCGGGCUGAUUGCGUGGCACGAGCGGUGCGAGAAGGAGAGUCAAGGAUCAGCGGCGGUGGCAGCAGCAGCAGGAGGGGGAGAAGGCGAAGAACCCGACUACGAGCUCCGAAUCAGCAGACCCGACCAUACCUUGACCGCGAGGUGCGCCAUGGCCGACGUGAUGACCCCGUUCAACACGCUACGGUUCCUCAAGCCCGACGCCGGACCGAAUAGAAUAACCCCAGAAAGUGAGAAGAACGGGACGCAGCCGACGCCGCAGGGACAUCACAUCAUGACUGACCCAGGCAUUCACCCGGGCACCGGCACGGACCACGACGUAAAUGCGCACACUGCUGCUGAUCUCGGUCCCAGCAACGACACGGUGGACGGCCUCUGGGACGACGAGGUGUGGCAGUCCAUCAUGGACGAGUUUUCCAUGUUCCCGACCACCACGGGCUUUCCCGCCGGGUCCAGUGUGUCUCAUCAGGUCGAGAGACUGCGGUGGUGA